CAUACAAUACCCAUUGUGACGCAUAUUUACCGAUUUUAAACAUGACAAAGAGCCAUCUGUACGGUCACAGUUUGUCUUGUUUAAAUUUACACCUCCGACGUUUCUACAGUCGCUGAAGUCCAUCACGCCGUCAACUUCUGAAUCCAGCACUCUUCAGGUGCACCAUUUCGCAAAAAUGGGCUGGUGGUGGAGUUCCUCCUCCAAGGAUGAAAAUCAGACAUCCGCGAAAUCUACACUUCCGACCUCAUCGUCGCGCGAUGCCUCCAAACCGCAAGAGACAAUCUCCGCUACAGCGAAGCAGAUGAGCCCUGAUGAGCAGGUUCAAGCGGAAUUUCAACGGCUGCUGGCCGGCCUUGAAAGUGCAGAUGGUUCGCAAACCUCUCAGCCAGCUCGUUCCGAACCUACAUCGCAUGUCCAAUCCACAGAAGCCGGCAUCCAACCUUCCAGUGAGCCUCGUUCGUCAAUCGCUCCCGAAUCCCUAUAUCCGGACGAGAUGGACUGCCGGUCAGCCUUCGAUUAUGCGUUUUUCUGCCAGUCGUUCGGUGGUCAAUUCGUCAGCGUGUACAGAUACGGUGAGAUGCGGUCAUGCAGUGAGCACUGGAACAAUUUCUGGCUCUGCAUGAAGGCGCGCUCUUUACCCGAUGAAUCGAGGAGAAGGAUGAUUCGGGAGCACAACAAGAAGAAGGCCAUCAAAUACAAGACUGGGCCAAGCAGUGAGGACGUGUGGGAAAUGAGGACGGAGCCGGUCAAGAAUGCCUUCCAGGGAGACUUUGCUGCUUUGGAGAGAGAGAUGAAGGCGGCGGAAGAGGCACGGUCAAAGGCGCAGGCUGGAGCUGGAGCUGCACCAUAAUUUGGAUGAGAUGGCUUUAUGGAUCAUUGUUUCAUUAGACGGAUACCUUCCCCCUUCGGUCCGCGGGGCUGUUAUGUAUGUACAUUAGAUCACGGCUGCAUUCUACAAACGCUGUUUUCGUUUUCAAGUUUCCUGCAAUAUAAAUCGGACUCCCCUCCCAGUAUAUGACUCCAGCAUCCA